AUGGUUACCCCGUCACAAGAGGUCGCCAACGAGAGUCCGAGGAGGAAAUUGUGAACUUGACGCAUUCCCGCCAUGACGAAGCCGCCCACAACGCCCGCUCCACUGCUGACAGUAGCGUGGGCGUUACUUCUCCUCCUCCUCUACGCCCCAGCCGGUAACUGCCACGCCCGCACGUCCGUCUCGAGCGCCUCUUCCAGAACGAGGAGGAAUGUUCUCGAAGCUCCGACCCCGGAUGUUGGGCGGGCGUCGGCGGAAGCCAGGGGUGAGCGCGAGGACUUCCCUUCGUCAGGAGCGUCCGUCCCCAAUUCCUGGCUGUACAAAUUUCCUCCGUGGUUCCUGCCGAACAACCCCGCUCCGGAGGGAUUCGCCAAGCACCAGAUCCCUGCCCCUUCCGGCGUCGGCCCACUCCUGAAGGAUCCCCAACUCUCGACUUCGGGCGGCCCCCCAACCCACUUCCCUGAGGGCUCCUCGACCCCGAGCGCGGGCGGCCCUAAGGCCCUCUCGCCCGGAUCCCACUUUCGGAUCCCGGACGAUCCCGGGGCGUCCCUCCCGGACGUGCUCGACGGCGACGUGGUCAUCGUGUCGGACCUGCAGCAGGGCGAGCGCACGGGCCGCCUCCAGAACAUCCGGCUGCGCGGCGACUCGGAGUUCAAGGAGGAGCUGCUCAGGACCAUCCUGGAGACCAAGCUGCUCAACAAGGAGGUUCCGCUUCAGACGAGCACGCCCUCCGGCGCCGAAGCUCCGCCCGGCGUCACGCCCUUCCAGCUGCCCCUCUCGGCCGGCCCGCCUCCCCCUCCGCCCCCGGCGCCCACGCAGCCCUUCGUCCUGCAAGACCUCGGAGGGGGAGACCUCCCGGCUGCCCACGGCUUCGGGGGCGCCACGUCCUCCGAGUCCGGCGUCGGGAAGGCGGCGACGGGCGGCCGUUUCGGUGGCGGAGGCCCGGUGAGGACGCCGUUCGUCGCGCCGCUCACGCCCGCGACCCACCACGCCGAAGGUGGUCUCGGCGAGUUCCGGCCGAGCCCCCCCGACCUGACGUUCGCCAACCGGUCUCCUCCGCGGAGCUUCCUGCAGGCGGCGCCGUCCCUACCGCUGCAGCAGACGCCGCCCCGCGACCCGAGCUUCAACCCGCCUCCGGCUAUCUCUGCGCCGCAGCCUCGUCCGCCGCAGCGAGGGCUCGGCGGGCCGCCCUUCCGGCGACCCGUCGUCGAACACAACGCCAUCGCCGACGCCUUUUUCAAGGACCAGGAGGAGGCGCUGCUCAAAGCCGCCGACGGAGCCAAGGUGCGGGGCGGGCGCGUCCACGGCGCUGCCGACGACCCCGUCUGGAUUCCGUUCAUCCCGGGCGUGCCGCUGCCCAUCCUCGUUCAGCACUCGCUGGCCGAGCGCCGGAGGCAGAAGGCGCAGAGAACGCGGUCCCUGGGGAGCCAGCCUCCCCCUUCGUCUCUGUCCCUCCCACCUUUCUCGCACGCCGACCGCCGCCCUUCCACUCACCUCGCCCACCCGCCUGCGGGAUCCGGCGAGGCGUCGUACCCGACGAGCAUUCAGGACAUCAUAAACAGUCGGCUGGACACGUCGCAGGAGCUGUACUCGAGGGCGCGGCCCAGCGCCUCUCUUGCAGGAACUUCUGCCUCGUCGUCGGGAGAAACGGACUUGGGACUGCUGGCUUGGGCGAGGUCUUGAGGGAGGCCGAUGAAUAAUUCAUCAAUAUUAUAGUUAAUUCGCCGAUGGGAAAUCCCUUGGCGUUUCUUAUUUAUUUCAAUUUCUCGCUAGUAUUGAUGUUUCCGACGUGUUGAGAGGUAAGAGUGUCACCAUGAUUUUUAGAAGAGUAUUUUCCACUUCCGAAGAUGACCAGCCUAGGCCUAAGAUUCGGAAAGGUCUAAAAAUGGAAGUCAGCUUCUGACGGAACAUUAGGCUCAUGCCUUGCAUGGUGAAUGAAUGAUGAAGUAUUUCAUACAACUGAAGAUAAUUAUCACAUGUAAUUAGUUUUGCCAAAUGGGGAUGCAUUUUAGUACUGAUGUGGUCUAUACAUUAUAGACAGGUUUAAGUAUCUUUAAUUCAUAACUCUUAUUUAUGCUUUUUUUUUAUGAUUGCAUAUAAUAUUCGCGUGUACAUGUGCAUUCUUCUAUUUAAUAUUUAUUCAGUAUUCAUCUUUGCUAAGGUCUUUAAAAUAUUUGCAUUAUAAAAUCAUAAACUUCAUUCAGUUUAAC